AUGGGACCAGUUUCAACGUCUCCCACAAAGACACGGCCCAGUCAAAAGUGGUUUGAGAGGGCAAAAGGAAGAACGGAAAAGAGGAAGCGUAGUGAAGCGGCGGCUGCACUACUCAGUCUGCAGAAGCAGGAUACGCCGGUGACUGAUGAGGUGACUACUUCAGACACUGGUGAGGCAAAUGACAGUGAGACGGAUGUCGCUACUGCAUCAUCGGAACAGUCAACAGAUCCUCAACCAGACGACACGUUACUCAUGAAGCAAAUGAGGGAGGAGCUUCAGCGGCUGACGACGGAAACCAUGUUACUGAAGGAGAAACUGAAAGGAAUGGUUUUGACUCCGGACACGCUGAGGGGUAAUGACGCUAAAAAUGAGGGGCUUCUUUCUCUGGCCAGACCGAGAGGACCUCCAGAUGUCCAUGCCGAUGGAGUUUAG